AUAAUUGCGAAGCAAGUAACAAUAAUCUUCAGUGUGACGUUGUAGCCGUCUCCAUGGAUAUUUCAUUAAUUACAUACGUUGUUUACGUUUAUUUGCUUCAACGGGAAAAUGAACAAACAUAAACACGAAGAAGAAAAGAACCCGGAAGAUUUGAAAUUUAAAUCUAGGCCUGUGACGGCCGGUGGAAUACAAAAUGGCAUUCGAUUCUUCACGACCGCCAUGAACGCGCUUGAUCGAAUUGAAGGUCUUAUGAGCGAGAUCGAGCAAACAAAAGCCUUAGUUCAUCAGAUGAUGGGAGAAUUCAGCUUGGCUGGGGGAAGAAUACGAAUUAGUCCCGAGGGGCAAACGAAGAAAGUUCGGUCUGAAAAGAAAGAGCUAAAGGAUAAAGACGUUUUUGCCGCCUCCAGAUGCCAAAAGCGUUCAAAACCGAAACGAAAUAAAACCCUGCUAGAAAUCUGCGAAGAAUGGCAGAAAAAGUAAGUAGCCGUAACACUAUGCAAACCCUGUUCUUUCAAAAACUUAACAUAUCGUAGAACUCCGAAAGUAAAGCCCCCC